AUGGCAGGCAACGAGAUGGAUCUCCUCAAGCAAGCAACUCAGGCGAUGAUGGCGAGCCGGGACGAUGAUGCAAAUGGCUUCGACAGCGAUACCCCUCGGUCGGGAAUAGCAACUCCGCAGCCCGAUCCUUCAGACAAGAGGCUGCCAGGCAUAAUGCACAGUUACUUUGGACAGAGUAUCCCUCCCACUCCAACUCGCGCGUUGUCCAACCAAACCGUCAAAUCGGAUGCUAGCGGGGGAUCAGAUAAAGCAAACGGACAAUCAGCAAAGGCAAACGUUGAAGCAGUUCCCGGUGCAGCAUCUUUGUCCCCGCCGACUGGUGCUCCAGCACCAUCACCGAAAGGAAAGCUUACUGUCAAAAUCGCUGAAGCCAGAGGUUUGCGUAAGAGCCGAGACCCGUAUGUUGUGGCUGUGUUCCAACGAAAUGAGCUUGUCUCGAAAGGUCCAUUGCCUUCAGACAUCGAUGAGAAUGAGGACCCAACGAGUAGUCCCAUGGGUGGAAUCCCUAUCGCCCGAUCAGGAAGUGAUUCUGGUCGGCCCAUGGCAAUUCCAAUGAAGAGUCGGCAAAGCAGCAACACCAGUCUCUCGGACUAUCGUGACUUCAAGAGCAAGGGACGGAAAUCGAUGACUAAUCCAAAGUGGGACACUGAGGCCGUUUUCGAUGUGGUUGGAUCAGAUGCGAGAAUCAACCUUACUAUCUACGACCGGAGUAGUGCUGCGGAGGAAUUCUUGGGUCAUGUCGAUCUGGAAGCGAAUUUGACCGAAAAUGACAACUCGCCAAUCAAAGGAUGGUUCCCGCUCCGGGGUCGAAAUGACACUGAUACGGGGCUGCCGGGAGAGAUAUACGUUGAGAUCACGUUCCAACAAACUGAGAAGAAGCACUAUGGCCCCGAUGAUUUCCAGAUUCUAAAGCUCAUUGGAAAGGGGACAUUUGGACAGGUUUACCAGGUCAGAAAAAAGGACACAAGACGAAUUUAUGCCAUGAAAGUGCUUCAAAAGAAGGUCAUUGUCCAGAAGAAAGAGGUUGCGCACACGGUUGGGGAGCGAAAUAUCCUCGUCAGAACAGCCAUGGCGGAUUCUCCGUUUAUUGUUGGUUUAAAGUUCUCUUUCCAGACUCCAACUGAUUUGUAUCUCGUCACCGACUACAUGUCUGGUGGCGAGCUGUUCUGGCAUUUGCAAAAGGAAGGUCGAUUUGAUGAGAAGCGGGCCAAGUUCUAUAUUGCCGAACUGAUACUCGCUCUCCAACACCUUCAUAUGCACGAUAUCGUUUACAGAGACCUGAAGCCGGAAAACAUCCUCUUGGAUGCCAAUGGACAUAUUGCUUUGUGCGACUUCGGCUUGUCUAAGGCGAAUUUGACCAAGAACGCCACGACCAAUACCUUCUGUGGUACCACCGAAUAUCUGGCCCCAGAGGUUCUUUUGGACGAAGCUGGAUACACAAAGAUGGUCGAUUUCUGGUCACUUGGAGUUCUUGUAUUCGAAAUGUGCUGUGGUUGGAGUCCAUUUUACGCCGAGGAUACUCAACAGAUGUACAAGAACAUCGCGUUCGGCAAAGUACGUUUCCCAAGGGAAACCCUAACUGUGGAGGGGAGAAAUUUCGUCAAGGGUCUUCUCAACCGAAAUCCAAAGCAUCGGCUCGGAGCGACUGACGAUGCGGAGGAACUCAAGCGACAUCCAUUCUUUGCUGAUAUUGAUUGGGAUGCGUUGACUAAGAAGCUUAUCACUCCGCCAUUUAAGCCAAAGUUGAAGUCAGAGACUGAUACAUCCAACUUCGACCCCGAGUUCACCAACGCCCUUAACGGCGCAUCCUCACUCAAUGCUCGUGCUGCAGCUCUCGCAGCUGGUGUUGCGACUUCCACACCUCUCUCGCCAGGCAUGCAGGCUAACUUUAAGGGCUUCACAUUUGUUGAUGAAAGUUCCAUGGAGGAGCACAUGCAAGCACGAGGCAUCAAGGAUGAGUACGAUGAUAUGGAUGAGGAUGAGAAGGCCGACCAGGAGUGGGAGGACCCACUUGCAGACAAGCGAAGCUCUCGAAUGAGCGGCAUCGUAAAGACAAGCACAAAUGAGGAUCAAAGUAUGUUCAAUGGCGGACACUUCGACAUGUAA